AUGCGAGACCCAAAAUCGAACCAAUUCUGCCAUUUUCGGGUGGUCAACCAUGUGACUUCGCGAAGAUACCAACUGGUCAUCUUUUCCAACCAGAAAAAGAUCAGCAUCCAGAAAGAUAUCAAAGCCGGAAAGAGCGACUCUAAGAGUCUGGCAAUCUUCAAGGAGAAACUUACCGCGAUUAUGAGUGUCUUAGAUCUUCCAUUAUGUGUUUAUGCAGCUACCCAGGAUGCAGAGUAUCGAAAACCUCGCCUCGGCAUGUGGCGUGAGCUUAUUGAUGACUAUGACCUUGACGUGACUGGAAUAGAUCUUAAGAAAUCUUUCUUUAUCGGUGAUGCUGCGGGACGACCAAAGGAUCACUCUGCUACAGAUUUAGGAUUUGCCGUCAACGCCGGUCUACCCUUCAAAACGCCAGAGGAAUUCUUCACUGGUAUCGCCCAGCCUGUGCCUACGGAACUGUUUAAUCCCGCUACGUACAUCAACACAGAGUCCAGCGAACUUCUCUCAGUGCCAUUUGCUCGCAAACACCCCCUCGAGCUAGUGAUCUUCUGUGGCAGCCCGGCAUCAGGAAAAUCGACCUAUUUCCGGGAUAACCUCGCACCACUGGGCUUCGAACGUGUCAAUCAGGAUAUCCUCAAGACGCGCCCAAAAUGCCUCAAGGUAGCACGUGAACACCUUGAAGCUAAGAACUCCGUUGCUGUCGACAACACGAAUGCCGAUCCCGAAACAAGGCUUGUGUGGAUAACGCUAGCGAAGGAAUUGAACGUUCCGAUUCGCUGUGUGCACUUCCUUUCUCCGCCCGAAGUAUGCAGGCACAAUAACGCUGUUCGCGCCGCGAAUAAAGAGCUGAAUCCCGAGGCUAGAACCUCUCUCCCUGGUAUUGCAUUUGGGGAUUUUGCGAGGAGGUUCAAGGAGCCGAAUGUUGAGGAGGGGUUCUUUGAUGUUACGACUGUUGAGUUUCGAUUUCGGGGAGAUGAGGAAGCGAGGAAGAUUUGGGGUCAGUUCUGGGUUUAA